AUGGAGGGCAGAGCUGUGCUGCCUGCAGUCACUAACAUCUACCUGGCCAUUUUUGCUUUGUUUUGCUUCAAGCUUCUCAUUAAGAUCUCCUUGGCUUUGCUGACUCAUUUCUAUAUUGUCAAAGGCAACAGGAAAGAAGCUGCCAGGAUAGCAGAGGAGAUCUAUGGAAUAGUUCCAGGAAGCUGGGCAGACUGCUCCCCUCUCCACGAAGCUGCCUUCCAGGGCCGCCUGCUGUCUCUGAAGACUCUGCUGGCACAGGGCUUCAACGUGAACCUGCUGACCACUGACUGUGUGUCGGCGCUGCACCAGGCCUGCCUCGGGGGCCAUGUCGCCUGUGCCAAGCUGCUGCUGGAGAACGGUGCCCAGGUGAAUGCAGCCACCCUGGCUGGGGUGACUCCAGUGUUCAAUGCCUGCUGCAGUGGCAGUGCUGCCUGUGUCAGCAUGCUGCUGGAGGCUGGGGCCAAGCCGCAGCCCGGGAGCCACCUGGCGUCACCCAUUCACGAGGCCAUCAAGAGAGGUCACAGGGAGUGCAUGGAGAUCCUCCUGGCUCACCAGGUUGACAUUGAUGAGGAGGACUUGCAGCAUGGGACCCCACUCUAUGUGGCUUGCACCUACCAGAGGACAGACUGCGUCAAGAAGCUUCUGGAGCUAGGAGCCAACGUGGACAAGGGGAAGCACUUGGACAUGCCGCUCCACGCUGCUGCCCGGAGCUCCAGCCUGGAGCUGGUCACCCUGCUGGCAGACUACGGUGCCAACCUGAGGAGCAGGAAUGCUGACUUCAAAUGUGCCCUGGAUCUCGCCAUACCCAACAGCAAAGUGGAGCAGGCACUCCUGCUUCGGGAAGGUCCUGCCAGCCUCGCCCAGCUGUGCCGCUUGUGCAUCAGGAAGCAGCUGGGGCGCUCCUGCCUGUCUGCCAUCCACAGGCUGCACCUGCCUGAGCCUCUGCGGAACUUCCUCCUUUAUCGAUGA